UGAAAGGAUUUGCAGGAGGCAGCAUCAUCAUUAAAUGUAACUUUAAGAAGUUACAAAGACAGAAAGAUAAAUAUUUCUGUAAGAUGGAUGCAAAGACAACUGUAAACAAAUGUCCAUAUGAGAGUAUGUCCACUGAAAAAGACAAAAGAUACUUUAAGUAUUACAACACCACCAGCGGGACAUUACAAGUUCACAUCAAAAACCUCUCUGAGGAAGAUGCUGGGCAGUACCAAUGUGGAGCUGUCAGUGGUGACCACAUCCCAGUGACCCUGACAGUCAAAAAAGAUGAUUGCUGUGGUCAACACAUCUCAAAGACGGCUCAAUUGAGAAGCAGUGUUAAUAUCAGCUGCAGCUAUCCAAACAAGUCUGAAAGCAACAGCAAACACUUCUGCAAACUGAGCCCUGAGUCCAUGUGUGCAGACCUGAUAGCAUCCAAAACAGAUGAGACCAGGGGAAGGUUCUCCAUUGUCCAUGAUAGAGACCAGAGGCUCUUCACCGUGACGAUCAGAGAUCUGACCAGGACUGACUCCGGGGUUUACUGGUGUGGGGUCAGGACUGGGGCCAUGAGUAGAAGCAUGGCUCUGAUCACAGAGGUCAAUCUACAGGUCAAACAUGAAAUUACAGGUCAAGAGCCACCGCCUUCAAACCCACCAUCAACUUCAGCAGCAACACCAGGAUCAGCUAGUAGUCAGCCUAUGAUUGCAGCUGUGAGUGGGGGUGUAGCUGUGAUGGUGUUGACCCUUGCUGUGUUCAUGCACUUCAAAUGCCGGCGUGCAAAAGCAUCAGAGCCAGCCUCCUCCUCCAGCACGGACUCCUGUAGAGAGACAGGAAACAAGAGAGCACCCCAGGUGGACUGUGUGUAUGAGGAGAUCCAGGACAGCAGCAGUCCAGAGGGCAGCUCACCUGUGGCGGAGGGUGUGUACGCUCUCAUCCAUGCCCCCGCUGAGCCCUCGGACGACCCCGGGUACGCCACCGUCAGCUUCAACAGGAACCCUGACCGUCACGCUGAGGCCGCCUCUACUGCCAUGUCCAGGAGAAAUGAGAUGGCAUCGGAAUAGGCCACUGUUUGUUUGGAAAAUCUUUGAGCAGUUUUUUUUUUCCUUUUUAAAGACAUUUAGGCCAAUUCAGUAUGCAAUGGAUUGUGUGUUUAUCAUAUUUUGAUAUUAUUGUGCAGAGUGUUUGAAUUUUGAUUGCCAGUCUGUUUGUUUUGCCAAAUGAUGUGAGGCU